CUACACUCUACCUUUAUAUUUUUUGCUUCAUUUUUGUUCAGAUUUUUAUUUGUAGGGUAACGGGUUCAUUUUGUUCUGAGUCUUAAAUCUUUCGGUUUCAUAGCGAUUUUACCUUCAUUUUCCCACAGUUCUCUCGUUAACCGUAAGGGGAAUAAAAAGGAUUAUCAUUAUGAGCGGUGCUCCUAAAAGAUCUCAUGAAGAGAGUGGUCAUUCCUCAUCGUCAAAAUACCCACAUGAGGAUUCUGGUGCAUACCCCAAGAUGUCAGCUGCUGUUUCAAGCGACUACCAUCCCCCUUACGAGAUAGUUCAAGAAAGUCGGGUGCCAAAGCUUCCCCGGACUGAAUCUCGCGAUGCAGAUAGAAGAUCUCCUCUUCAUUCAAUGUAUAGGAUUCCAUCUUCUUCGAAUGAUUCACAUGUCGAUCAUUCUGAAAGCAAGAUGGAAUUGAAGGAUUCCAAGGAUUGUAGAGAUCUUCGGUUUGAGAACCGAGAUACAAAGAUGGAGACAAGGGAGUUGUAUGGUGAGGGGAGGAGGGAAUCUCAAAAUGUGAAGAGUGAAAAGGAUGUAAGACCUGAGAGUAGAGGAGAUGAUAAUAAGGAAAUGAGAUAUGAUAGGGAAAGUUUUAAUGAUCCAAAAGGUGAUGUGAAGACGGAAAAGGAUGUUUAUGGCGCAGCAAGUAGUCACUUGAAUUGGAAAGAAUCAAAAGAACACCAUAGGGUAAAAAAAUAUCUGGAUGCCCCAAGUGGAGGUAUAAAUAUCUGGCAUGUUCCACGUGUUAAUUCACAAAGCCCCAGCGAGGUUGGAAAGGAAGGCUCAACAAUUGAGGAGAGGGAUUAUGGGGAAUCUCAUGAGGCUGUCGGAGAAAACAAAGUUGGUUCAAAGGGUGAAGAGAAAUUGAAAGAUAAGGAUAGAAAGAGGAAAGAUGUGAAGCAUAGGGAUUGGGGAGAAAGGGAUAGGGAAAGAACUGAUCGUAGGAGUGGUCCUCCAGUAGCUAAUAGUGGUGGUGAGUGCAAAGAUUCAACGAAAGAAGAAAGAGAUGUAGAGAGGUGGGAGAGAGAGAGAAAAGAUUUUUCCAAAGACAGGGAAAGACUGAAAGAGAGGGAAAAGGAUCAUACCCGGAGGGAGCCAUGGAAUGGAGUAGAUAAAGAGAUUUCUCACAAUGAGAAGGAAUUAGGGGAUGGGUCUUUAAGAAUUCCGGAGCAGGAAAAUCUAGCAUCAGAGCAGAAGAAACAGAAAGAUUUUGAUAGCUGGAAAGAUGUUGAUAGGGAAGCAAGAGACAGGAGGAAAGAAAGCAAUGAUAUUGAAGGAGAUAUAACUGAAAGGCGCACUAGGUGCGAUGACAAAGAAUCGGACGAUGGAUGUGCAGAUGGUGAAGGGGCUUCUGAAAGGGAAAGGGAAGUUUAUAAUUAUGGAGUUCAAAGGAAGAGGAUGCAGCGGUCAAGGGGUAGCCCUCAAGUGGCUAGCCGUGAGCACCGUUUUAGGUCUCGUGCUCAAGAAAAUGAAGGAUCUCAAGGUAAAGUUGAAGUUUCUUCUGUUGUUUAUAAAGUUGGUGAAUGUAUGCAAGAACUGAUAAAGUUGUGGAAGGAACACAAAGCAUCAGAAGCUGAAAAUAAUGGGGAAAGCUCAUUACAUGGUCCAACUCUUGAAAUUCGAAUUCCUGCUGAGCAUGUUACAGCUACAAAUCGCCAAGUCAGAGGUGGCCAGCUCUGGGGGACAGAGAUAUACACUGAUGACUCGGAUCUUGUUGCUGUUCUCAUGCAUACCGGUUACUGCCGCCCUACAGCUUCUCCUCCUCCACCUGCUAUCCUAGAGUUGCGUGCUACUAUUCGAGUGCUACCUCCACAAGAUUGUUACAUAUCCACUUUGAGAAAUAAUGUUCGUUCUCGAGCUUGGGGUGCUGCAAUUGGUUGUAGUUACCGUGUUGAGCGAUGCUGCAUCGUGAAGAAAGGUGGUGGAACCAUUGAUCUUGAACCUUGUCUUACACAUACAUCAACAGUGGAGCCUACCCUUGCUCCUGUGGCCGUCGAACGGACAAUGACUACCAGGGCUGCCGCUUCGAAUGCAUUGCGGCAACAGCGAUAUGUACGAGAAGUUACAAUACAGUACAACCUCUGCAAUGAGCCUUGGAUUAAAUACAGCAUAAGCAUUGUUGCUGACAAGGGUCUGAAGAAACCCCUUUAUACAUCUGCACGAUUGAAGAAGGGAGAAGUUUUGUAUUUAGAAACCCAUUCACGCAGGUAUGAGCUUUGUUUCACUGGAGAGAAAAUGGUCAAAGCUAUACCAGCAACUCAGGUACAUGACUUGGAGACGGAGAAGUCUCAGAAUCAUCACUCACAUUCCACAAAUGGUGAAAGAAAUGAUUGUGAUAACAUGGUGAUUGAUGCAUUUCGGUGGUCUCGAUGCAAGAAGCCUCUACCCCAGAAAGUCAUGCAAUCAGUUGGGAUCCCUCUUCCCCUUGAACAUGUGGAGGUAUUGGAGGAAAAUCUUGAUUGGGAAGACGUGCAGUGGUCACAAACAGGAGUAUGGAUUUCUGGAAAAGAAUACACACUUGCUAGGGUGCAUUUUCUAGCCACCAGUUAGUCAAGUCUUUUAAAGGUACCUUCACUAUGUAUGUAGAACUAUUUGAUCCUGAUCCGAUGUAUUGAACAAAUCUGUUGCUUUGUAAUGAUGCAAGUUCCGAAUCAUAAAAAUGCUGGUUAUCUAUUUAUUUUAACUUCUGCA